CUUUCGUCCACCAUAGCGCAACCGACCUCGACCGCCACUGACACCCAUGUCGUGGCGACCCUCUCCCCCUGGUACGCAGAGGAAUGGUUCCUUCGUUCCUUUGGGGAACGGUACCUUCGUCCCUUUGGGUAAUGGUACCUCUUCUCCGCAAGGGAGCAGCCCCUCCUUUUUGCAGGGAAACGGUUCCUCGUCCUCGCAUCAGCAUGACCCUACCUCGCAGCAGAACAGCUACUCCACUGCAUCGGGGUACAGCCCCACCAUAUUGGGAUCCAGCCCUUCCUCUCUAUCCUUCACCCCGUCGCCCGUCCUGGGACCUCCACCGGGAAUAUCUCGGCCGCAUGGGAUCGACCGGCCACCUGGGGCGUAUCAUCCAACUGCACCGCCCCAUCCACCUGGAAUAUAUCGACCACCUGGGCUACGCACUCCACCAGGACUGACCCCGCCCUCCUCGCGGCCCAAUCAGCUUGGUCUAAGUCUCACCGAUCCUCCGGCGACAAGCCAUACUCGUCCUCCGCGCUUCAGCAACACAUCGACGUUGUCUGCGCAUGCGCAGUCAUCUGUGUUUUCGAACGCAUCAUCGUCUACCCCACCCCAGCAUCCCCGGAUCCCCGCGAGCGUGCAGACCGCGGCUAUCAUGCAGACGCUGAGGGGGCUGGAGGCGCAGUUGCGGGGGCUGGACGGGUGUGAGAGCGUGAGAGAGUCGAGUCUGGGUGGGCAAGCCGACUCGCAAAAUACGCAGGCGGAACUGCAGAAUGCACGAGCCGACCUACAGCACACCCAGGUCGAAUUGCAGACCGCGCGCGCCCAAAUGCAAAGUGCGCAAGAGCGCUUGCGCCUCCUGGUCGACCAAGUGCACGAGCUGCAGGCCUCGAGCGCGCGCCGUGCGGAGUGGGAGGCGCGCUGUUUCGAGCAGCACAAGGAGCUGUCAGCGCUGCGCGAGCGCGACAAGGAGGCAACCGCGCGCGGGAAGGAGGUGGACGAGCUUAAGCGCCGCUGCGAAGCGCAAGCAAAGGCGAUCCUCCGAUACGCGAGCGCGAAAGGCGGGCGUGCGAUGCUGGAGGAUCGGCUGGCGGCGGUCGAGAGGGAGGGGAAGCGCCAAAUCGCCGAGUUGGAGAGUUGGGUGGUUGAGCGGGAGAGCCAAAUAACGGCGCUGAGGGAGGCUGGUAGGGAGCAAGACGGCCUGAUCGAGGCGCUGGAGAGCCAGGUCGCGGAGUUGAAGGAGAUUGGGACGGAGCGGGAGCGUAGGUACUGGGAGUGUGUGCAGAGCUGCGCGGAUGCGAAGCGGGAGCGGGAUGUGCUGGAACGGGAGCGGGACUCGCUCGAGCGGGCGCGAAAGGAGGUGGAGCGGGAGCUGAGGGAGAGGGAGGAGGCGCUAGACCAAGCCCGAUUCGAGCUGGAACGCGUACGGGAAGAGCUUCAUAGAGUCCAAGACGAGCUCGAGCACCUCAAGGACGAGCACGACCGUGUGCGGGCAGAUCGCGAGAUCCUGCAAGAGGAGUACGACGAACUCCGGGUCGAACUCGAGCAUCUGCGAGGCGAGCGCGACAAGGCUAAGGACGACUACGAGCAGCUGCAGGGCGAGUACAAGCGCGUUCAAAGCGAGGGCGCGCAGCUAGGCUCCGACCACAAUCGCCUGCAGGACAGCCACGCGCAUCUUCAAGCUGACCACAACCGCCUUCGACGCAAUCACGAGAGGCUUCGAAGCAAACACGCCGAACUGCAUCGCAAGCACAACCGUCUUCAAGCCGACCACGCACAGCUUCAGACUCUACACGUGCAACCCGAGGCCGCCUAUACCCAGCUUCAAGCGGUCCUCGUGCGACUGCACACCGCGCACGUCGCGUUGCGAACCGCAUUCAACGCGGCCGACGCGGAGCGCCGGACGUGGCGCGAGCGCUGCCAGCGCGAGGACGCCCGCCGGCUGGUAGAAGGCUCUGGCAAUGCUUUCUUGUCCAGGCAUCGUCCCCUACCCAUCCCGGCUUCCAGCUUGUUCAGCAAGCCCGCGGGCGAGUCUCAGGCAGCGCAGGGGUCCGCCUCCUCCGCGUCGGACACUUUGGACUCUGGAGGCCCGCCGGAUGCGGGCGCGGCGUCCCAGGCGGAAGUCGUGAAGCAGGGGUCAGCGCGCUCGUAUGCGCAGGUGGCGAGAUUGGCGGGGAAGGCCAAUGCAGAGCGGAUUGCGAAGGAGGCGAAGCUCAAUCAGUGAGCCGUUUGCCACUCGGACAGUUUAGUCUUCGCAUGUAAAUCUGAUCCUUGUAUUCUUACUGUAUCUGUAUCAUGAACGUGUUCAACGUAUGCUGCUUGUUGCUGAAGUG